AUGGAGUUGAGCCUCACGCGGGAGGCAAAGGCAGUCAUUUUGGUGCACUUGAAGAAGCCAACCCUCCGUCCCAAAAAUCUGCAUCCAAUCCUCAAACAGCGCAAAGGAAAGGAAAACGCCAGGCUGAUAAAGAAAAAUGUUGGUUUUGCACAACUACGAGCGCCCUGUGUUCAUUAUCCUGACUUCCUUGCUCUUCUCACAGCAGGACUGAUGGUUCGCCGCGACACUCGUCGUUUUCGCCCGUUUCCAACUCAACGCUCUUGGAGGCUUCGCCGUCCGGUGUACAUCGAUCUUGAGCGCGAGGAUACCCCCGAGCCCAGAGCCGGCGCCCCUCAUGAUGCUGGCCGACACAUAAGUGAACCUGUCGUUGUGGAACGCGCGCACGAGGAACUCAUGGCGGCUGGACAACUCCCUGUGGCCAACCCCAACAUCCAACCGCCCGAAAGCCCCACUAACACCACUCGGGCCAAUUCCAAUCUUGCCGUCAACCUCCCCGGUUCUUUGGCCCCACCAAAUGCGGACUCGAACUCAAACCACCUGCACGUUUUUGAAGGAAACAAUCCCAGACGCAUGCCGCCGGCGCCAACUUUGGCUCAACCAAAUGCCAACCCCUUCGUUGCCCGUGUGCCUUUCCCACCGGCACGAGCAGCCAUGGAGGCAGUCGCUAUGGAGACCUAUCUUAACAUCGCUCACAUACCUCGCGACGACCUCCGUACCCGUUCCCGACUUCUGGUCCACGGCAUUGGCCAUUGGACUUUUUUUCGUGCCACCAAUGAAGCGGAAUUGACUCGAUUGGGAUUCCCCUUGGGGAUUGCCCGCUUAUUAUGUGAAGGGGUUGCUCGCUUGGAGGCUUUUAGGGAAGAAAUGGAGCGAGAGGGGAUUGAGAUGUCCCCCAUCUUAUAG